AUGGAAAGGGAUAAACAGCCACCUCCAUUGAAUAUUCCGUACAAACCAUCUGGGGUUCUCAAUGUUGAUCCUCGUUCUCCUAGUGAGGGAAUAGUUAGAACCCCAAUUCAGAUCGACAAGGGCGACCCACGUUCACCGUCCGCUGGAGUUGUUCGGACCCCUUUAGGAUUUUCUACUAAAUUAACCGAUGGUGACGCAAGUACUCUUUUCUUGGACAGCUUCGAAACUCUUGAUGGAGUUUUGACCGAGGAUGACUCUAUUCACCGCGGUGACACGGAAGGUGACAAAGCAUCAUCAUUGUCAGAUACUGAAGUAACAAACAGUCUUAAAAACAGAUCACACAAACGUGGAUCAAAUCAUCAGGUCAGACUUUCUUGGUUAGAGAAACGUAUCAAACGCAAAUCUAUGAAUGAUUCACCUGGUUUGUUGGUUAGAUUUCGAUGUAAACAAAACUAUGAAAAACAUAAAAUGCAACAACAAGAUUGCGGAGAUAGUGUAGGUCAUUCAACAGAAAGCCCAAAAUAA